GGGAACUACAGCUCCCAGCGGCCCCCGCGCCGCCGCGCGCAGAGAAGAUGGCGGCCGCCACAGGGCGUGCGGCGGGAGCGGUGCCGGCGGGAUACACGGCUCUGGCGGUGAAGUUCGCGGAGCGGCAGCGCUCGCACCACUGUCUAUUGGUGAAGGAGCACCAGGUGCGGGAAGGGGCCGACACCGCGCACCCGCCUCGCCGCACCCUCUUCGUCCUCAACGUGCCCCCGUACUGCGGACCGGAUUCUUUGUCUAGGCUGUUCUCUCGCUGCGGGCAUGUGCAGUCUGUGGACAUCUGUGACAAGCCAGGGCCAGGAGAGAAAAAAGAUAAACUGGCGUCGAAAUUCUUUGACCACAAAACUCUAAAGGGAUUUCAAGUAGCAUAUGUGGUGUUCAGGAAACCAGCAGCUGUCCAGGCAGCCAAGGCUCUAUCACAGGAAGGUCCCCUGCUAAUAUCAACAGAGAGGCACCCUGUGAAAACCGGCAUUAGCAAGUGGAUCGCCAGCUAUGAGGCCUCCAUCGUGGAUCCGAAGGAGCUGAAGGCUGAGGUGGAUGCCUACAUGCAAGACUAUGAUAAAAAAGUGGAAGAGGAAGAAGCCAAGGCAGCCAAGGAGGAGGGUGUUCCGGAUGAGGAGGGCUGGGUGAAGGUGACGCGGAAGGGCCGGAAGCCCGGCCUGCCCCGGACAGAGGCUGCCAACCUGCGCGUGCUGGAGAGGGAGAAACGGAAAAGGGCCCGCAAAGAACUGCUCAACUUCUAUGCCUGGCAGCAUCGCGAGACCAAGAGAGAGCACAUUGCCCAGUUGAGGAAGAAAUUUGAGGAGGACAAGCAGAGGAUCGCACUGAUGCGAGCCCAGCGCAAGUUUCGGCCAUACUAGGUUGUGCUGAGGUGUUCUUAAGGUGCUUGUGCUGGAGUGGGUAGGAGAGAUGCCUACUUGACUCCAUUUGCCAAAGGAUUUUGAGGAAUUAAGGCAGCUUUGGGUUGCCUCUACCUUGGGAUCUGAAACGGGAGAUCCCAGCGACUGCUGCUGGAGGAGAGUUCCCUUUACUUGCACCAGUAUCCUCUAGCUCUUCUGUCAUUCAGCCCCAUGGCACCACUUCUCAGGGUGCUCCAAGGGGCUGAGACACAUCUGUGACAACCCUGCCACCCAAAACCACACCUCGUUAAAGCUUGGUGAGAACUGGGAUUGACCUAGCACAGCCUCUGCAGUGGCAUGGAAUGGCUAAAGAACUGUAAAUAAACUGCUGCUACUGUUUUCAGAACA